AUGGACCUGAGUGUAGAAAGAAGCUGUAAUUAUUACUCAGUCAAAGCACACCAGUCUGACCUUCUUCUUGUUGCGAGGAGCUCUCUGGGCCCACUGGUAAGGUACCUCCAGCCCCCAGCCAGCUGGGUGUCCUGUACCCUCGAGUCACGCGAACUACUAGCCGUCUGCCUCAAGAGGCUGAAAGGACUCUCCAAGAUCCAUUUGGUCGACGCCGGCUUCGUCUGGACCGAACCACACUCCAAGAGGGUUAAAGUCAAACUCACAAUCCAAAAAGAGUGGGCGGGGCUAUUGCUCCAGCAGGUGUUCUGUGGUGAGUAUGUCGUCCAUCAUCAGAUGUGUCACGAGUGUCCAAUCAACGCAGGCAGGCCCAGGAUUCUGGGCAGGCAGCAGGCCAAGUCAGACAGAGGUUUCCAUGGCCAACUAUUUGGCUCCGAAAGAGCCAAGUACAUUACUGCGAGAGACAGUGCGGUAAUUGAUGUGUCAACCUUUGGUCCAAAUUGGCUCAGCCCCUAA